AGUUGGGAUUUUAGGGCUCUUUAUUCAGUUCUCUGAGCUAUGGCGCUAGCUCGUAGCGUCUUGCCCGGCACCAAGGCGUCGUCCAGGAUCUCCGGCAUUGGAUAUUUCAAUCUGAGGCAGUGGCAACGGUCGAGCAGCGUCGCGUUUACGCGAUCUUGGGCUCCGAUUAAGUGGUCGCUCCAGCAAAGAUGCUCCGCCAGUGGUUUUCUUGUGAGUGAUAGGAAGAGCUCUCAGUUUCAAGUAAAAUGUGUGUCUACGGUGGCUCCCGAGAAGGAGCUGGAGAUCAGCACACCUGUUAUAGCGGAAGAAUCUCUGGCGAUGACACCAGAGAUCCAGGGUGCGAUCAAAGAGCUUGAGAAGGACGCACGUUUGGCUGUGGAACUCGCAAUCAAAGGCUAUGAAGCGGCCGAAUCGGCUGAAACCACUGAGCUUUCAGUGACCAUUUGCGAUGACAAGUAUAUACAAAAGCUGAACAAGGAGUGGCUCGGCAAGGAUCGUCCCACCGAUGUGUUGUCAUUCCCUCAAGAUCAGCCAGCGGGAGAAUCGCCUCUUCUGUUGCUGGGAGAUGUAGUCAUUUCUGUAGAGACUGCUGCUCGUCAAGCACAAGAAAGAAAUCAUUCUCUUCUCGAUGAAAUGAGGAUUUUACUGGUUCAUGGCUUGCUUCAUGUUCUGGGACACGAUCACGAGCUGGGAGUCAAAGAGUCCAAGGCCAUGGCAAAAAAAGAGAUGGAGAUUCUAAGCAGUCUCGGAUGGACAGGCAAAGGACUAAUCUCCGCGUCUCAAUCCGAGCCGGCAGCCGAUACAAAAGAAUCCAAGACUAAAUCUGUUCCUCGAAAGAAGAAAAGAUCCCCGUUUAAGAUCUUGUUCUGUGACAUGGAUGGCACCCUCUUGAACAGCAGAAGCCAAGUAUCGAGGAAGACGGCAGAUGCUCUCAAAGCAGCGCUAGGAAUCGGUGUGCAAGUAAUCAUAGCUACUGGAAAGACUAGACAAGCAACCAUGAAAGCACUUCGACCAGUUGGACUAGAAGGCCAGGGUGGUGUUCUCUCAAGCACCACGCCUGGUGUCUUUAUCCAGGGAUUGCUAGUGUUUGGAGAAGGAGGUGCCGUUGUUCAUAGAGGAGUGCUGCCUCUGGACUAUUGCACCAAAGCCUUUCAAUAUUCGCUAGAGCACAACAUUCCCGCAGUUGGAUUUUGUGGAGACCGCAUUGUGGCCUCGUUUGACCAUCCGUUCCUCGAUCAUUUGCACGAGGAUUACUUCGAGCCUAGAGGGGAAGUUUUAAAGUCUAUAGACGAGCUGGAGAAGCACAAAGUCCAGAAGCUAUUGUUUUUCGAGGAGCAGGAAAGGAUCGACCGGAUUCUCAGGCCGGAAUGGCAGUCGAUAACGCAGGGCCAUGCGACGCUCGUCCAGGCGCAGCGAGACAUGCUGGAGAUCCUCCCCGAGGGUGCCUCCAAGGGCGCGGGAGUGAAGCUACUGCUCCAACACAUGGACGUUGAUCCGGACGAGGUGAUGGCGAUUGGAGACGGCGAGAACGACAUCGAGAUGCUAGAGAUGGUUGGAUGGGGAGUUGCCAUGGGCAACGGAGCUCCAAAAACUCUGGAAGUCGCCGACGUUACUGUGGCUACCAAUGACAAGGAUGGAGUGGCUGAAGCGCUGGAACGUUUCAUCCUUCCAUGAUAAAGCAUCGCCUAUACAAGAUAAACUCGGUGGAUCUAUAACAGCAUCAACAACAAGAACUAGCUAUAUACUUGUGGAUCUGGAACUUUGACAGGAAACAGCAUCAGGCUGGAAACAGUCGAUCAUCUCCUCUCCAUCCAGCAGAUCGACCAUACAGCUUUAACGUAAAAGAUUUUAGAGACAAGUUAUAGCGCUCAACGCACAACUAAGCAUUAGACAUAUGAAUGCAAAAAUGCUUUUGUCAAAAGAGAAAAUGGAAAUGGUCAAGAGUGACAAUUCGGAGGAA